AAAGGGUUCUGCCUUCCGAUAGGCGGAGACUCCUAGAAGGCGGGGAUACGGGGGCGGAGCCUCAGGCGGGAGGCGUGGCUUUCUGGGGCGGCGCGGAACGUGCGCGCGCGCGCCUGCGUUUCCGUCCGGAGGCGUUUGUCCAGCGCCCCGCGUCCCUGGGGGGCGGCGGCGGCGGCACCGGCGGUAGCAGCAGCAGAAACGGGGGGAUCCGGAAGUCAACAGCACCAUGUCGAGUCUGCACAAGAGCCGGAUUGCAGAUUUCCAGGAGGUUCUCAAGGAGCCCACGAUUGCCUUGGAGAAGCUUCGGGAACUUAGUUUUAGUGGGAUUCCCUGCGAGGGCGGACUGCGCUGUCUCUGCUGGAAGAUUCUCUUGAACUACCUCCCCUCAGAGAGAGCCUCUUGGGCCUCCAUCCUGGCGAAGCAGAGGGAGCUAUACGCACAGUUUCUACGGGAAAUGAUUAUCCAGCCAGGUGUGGCCAAGGCUAACCUUGGGGUGUCCCGGGAGGACGUGACUUUUGAAGACCAUCCACUGAACCCCAACCCUGACAGUCGCUGGAACACCUAUUUCAGGGACAACGAGGUGCUGCUGCAGAUCGACAAGGAUGUCCGGCGGCUGUGCCCGGACAUAUCCUUCUUCCAGAGGCCCACCGAGUACCCCUGCCUCCUUAUCCUGGACCCUCAGAAUGAGUUUGAGACCCUUCGAAAGCGUGUCGAACAGACGACGCUCAAGUCCCAGACAGUGGCCCGGAACCGGAGCGGGGUCACCAAUAUGAGCUCCCCACACCGGAAUGCUGCCCCCACAGCCCUGAAUGAGUACGAGGUGCUGCCCAGUGGCUGUGAAGCCCAUUGGGAGGUGGUAGAGCGCAUCCUGUUCAUCUAUGCCAAGCUCAACCCUGGCAUCGCCUAUGUGCAGGGCAUGAACGAGAUAGUCGGGCCCCUCUACUACACCUUCGCCACCGACCCCAACAGCGAGUGGAAAGAGCACGCGGAGGCCGACACCUUCUUCUGCUUCACCAACCUCAUGGCUGAGAUCCGGGACAACUUCAUCAAGAGCCUGGACGACUCACAGUGUGGCAUCACCUACAAGAUGGAGAAGGUGUACUCUACGCUGAAGGAGCGCGACGUGGAGCUCUACCUGAAGCUGCAAGAGCAGAACAUCAAGCCCCAGUUCUUUGCCUUCCGCUGGCUGACGCUGCUGCUGUCCCAGGAGUUUCUGCUGCCUGACGUCAUCCGGAUUUGGGACUCCCUCUUCGCCGACGCCUGCCGCUUUGACUUCCUGCUCCUGGUGUGCUGCGCCAUGCUCAUGCUGAUCCGGGAGCAGCUCCUCGAGGGCGACUUCACCAUCAACAUGCGGCUCCUGCAGGAUUACCCCAUCACAGAUGUCUGCCAGAUCCUGCAGAAGGCCAAGGAACUCCAGGAUACGAAAUAGGGGGCGCAUGUGACUCAGGUUUGGGAGAGAAAGACUGCUGCCCAGGCCGAGGGGUGCACCCACACCCACUUCUCCCGGCCCUGCCCUGAGCUCGCCAAGUGAUUGUUGGCUCCCGUGGGGCUGCCCCAGUAGGCAGGGCCCUGUCCUGCCCUCCAAACUCCUGCUGGGGAGUCUGCGUAGGAAGGAAGGGGACACUGAGGAGCGAGGAAGUACUGGACCACCUCAUCAUCUCCACAGAAAAAGAGAGAGUGUAUGUGCGCACAUGUGCGUGUAUGUGUUGGGGGGCCAGCUCCGAUCCCCCAGAGUCUUGUCUGUCUGUCUGUCUGUCUCCUUUGCUCCCUCUCCUCCUCUCUGUGUGACUGUCAGUCUGUCUCCCUCGCUCUCUGCCUGUUUUUUGGGGUGCCUUAUCCCCAGCCUUCUGCCCUCCCACCUGCUCCUGAUCCUCACAUUCUGAGGAGUUCGGCCCAGUCCAGCCCUUUGUGGUUUCCCAGUCCCGAGUCAUGCCCCAAACCUGGUCUUGCCAUCCACCUGGGGGAUCCUGAAGCUCCUGAAACCCCGGUGGCCCCGGUACUUGCUGCCUCUUUCCCUCCUUUCUGCCUGUGAUGAGGAAGAGGUCGGGGACCACCAUGAUGAGGGGGGUGGACUGAGAGCUCGAGCCCUGUAAACAGUGUACAGGGCAGGCAUUCAUGUGCCUCCAGGAGGUUAUUGCUGGUCAUUGAUGGGUAGGACAGGUUCUAUGAAAGCAGGUGGAAAUAAGCUAUUCCGAGUUCUGAUCCAAUGCGCCCUGCUUGGGGGCCAGAAGACUCAGUAAUGGGGUACAUGGGGCCUCUUGUCCUCUCUGCCUGGCCAGGGGUACCCUUCCUGAGUCUAUGCCGCCCAGGCACCAUUGGUCCCGUUGGUGCUGCUGGGGACUCAAUGCACUUCAUUGUGCAGCCAUCUCUCCCGACACAGUGUUUGGGGCAUUUUCCCUAUUUAUUCCCACUCCAUAUAUUUAUUGCAGGUUGGCACGCGGUAGGCCUGAGACUGUGGGUGGGUGGGAUGGGGCCUGGUUGUCCUUCCUGCUCUCAAUAUUGGGUUCUGCCCGAGUCCUGGUCCAGUACUGCCAGGAGGGUGGGACACUGCAGUUGACCCAAGUGGUAGGGGGACAGUUAGGACCCUUGCCAACAUCUUCCUUAUAGUCCAGUGCCUAGAUUAGGCUGCCGUCCGCCUGGUCUCCCACAUCCCAGAACUUGUCAGCUGGUGGUUCUGUCCUGCUCAGAGGCCCCCCAGAGUCUGAGGCUGGGGCUCCAGCAGACACUGCCCAGGCCCCCUGAUGCAUUACUGCUUGCCUCUCCCUCCCCUCCCUCCACUUCUGUUGUUGGGGCCAUACUACUUGAAUCCCUGCAUUGAACUUGCCUCCAUGGCAGAUCUGCAUCCUCUCCCUCGCCUUGGGGAGAAGAUCAAGAGCACAGGGACCAUGUCUGGGUUACACUGAGCUCAGGGGAGAUUGCCUGAGGACAGGACUACCGCCCUGGGGUCCCCUCUGCAGGCCUCGGGGCCCCUGCCCAACUGUACACUCAUUCCAGCACUUCCUAAUUUUUGUUAGCUUUUCCCCCCAUGUUCUGUUUCUGGAAUCAAUGCUAUUGACAAGUUGUCUUUAAUAAAUUAAGUGUUCUUUGCAGG